GCGCAUGCGCGGUUCCUUUAUGUGGCCCUUUGGAUCUCGGUGCUUGUCUGGUCAUCAGGGACCUAGUCGAGUAAAGCCCAGCGCUACACCUUCAGUCAAACCUGCCACGUCUUAGCUAUCGGUAACUGUGCGGUUGUACUGUGUAAAGUGUAGCUGCGUUGACAGAAACGGUGAGAAAGCCGCAGCUCGCCCGAGGCGUCGACUGGCCAACAGAGCAUCCACCCCCUUUCACUGGCAGGUAACGGCUUCCAGGCUUGCUAGCUAGCGUUAGCCAAGAGGCAAGGCACAGCUGUGUCGGAGGGAUCGUCAAAAUGUCUGGUUACCAGGGAAAGAAGAACAUUCCACGAAUCACGAGUGACCGUCUCCUAAUCAAAGGAGCAAAGAUCGUGAAUGAUGAUCAGUCAUUCCAUGCUGACAUCUACAUGGAGGAUGGAGUCAUCAAGCAAAUCGGAGAAAAUCUGAUUGUUCCAGGAGGAGUGAAGAUCAUAGAGGCCCAUGGGAGAAUGGUGAUGCCAGGGGGUAUUGAUGUGCACACCCGCUUUCAGAUGCCCGACCGAGGCAUGGUCGCAGCAGAUGACUUCUACCAGGGCACUCGGGCGGCCCUGGCUGGGGGCACAACCAUGAUCAUUGACCACGUGGUGCCGGAGCCUGGUGUUAGCCUGAUUGCUGCUUUCAACCAGUGGAGGGAAUGGGCUGACACCAAGUCCUGCUGUGACUACUCUCUGCAUGUGGACAUCACCGAGUGGCACAAAGGCACUCAAGAAGAAAUGGAGAGCCUGGUGAAGGAUCAUGGUGUCAACUCUUUCCUGGUCUAUUUGGCUUAUAAGGAUGUUUUCCAACUUUCUGACUCUCAGAUGUAUGAGGUGUUCAGUGUCAUCAGAGACCUGGGAGCCAUUGCACAGGUGCAUGCGGAGAAUGGAGACAUCAUUGCAGAGGAGCAGCGCCGCAUUCUGGAGCUGGGUAUCACUGGACCCGAGGGACAUGUGCUCAGCCGUCCAGAGGAGGUGGAGGCGGAGGCAGUCAAUCGUUCGAUCACGGUAGCCAAUCAGACCAACUGUCCCCUCUACAUCACCAAGGUGAUGAGCAAGAGUGCUGCUGAUGUUAUUGCCCUUGCCAGGAAAAGGGGUGCUGUAGUUUAUGGAGAGCCCAUAUCUGCCAGCUUGGGCACAGAUGGCACCCAUUACUGGAGCAAGAACUGGGCCAAGGCAGCAGCCUAUGUCACCUCUCCACCACUCAGUCCUGACCCCACCACCCCCGACUACCUCAACUCCCUGCUCUCCUGUGGGGACCUGCAGGUGACUGGCAGUGCCCACUGCACUUUUCAAACCUCUCAACGUGCAGUAGGCAAAGAUAACUUCACCCUAAUCCCAGAGGGCACCAACGGCACUGAGGAGAGGAUGUCCCUUAUCUGGGACAAGUGUGUGGUGACUGGAAAAAUGGAUGAGAACCAGUUUGUUGCAGUGACCAGCACGAACGCAGCCAAGAUCUUCAACCUUUACCCCCGCAAGGGCCGCAUCGCUGUGGGCUCUGAUGCCGACCUUGUGCUGUGGGACCCAGAUGUGACUAAGAUCAUUUCAGCCAAGAGCCACAACCUGGCUGUGGAGUAUAACAUCUUUGAGGGCACCGAGGUGCGUGGAGGUCCUCUGGUGGUUAUCAGCCAGGGCAAGAUUGUUUUGGAGGAGGGCAGCCUUCACACCACAGAGGGCUGUGGACGCUACAUCAGCCGCAAGCCCUUCUCAGACCACGUGUACAAGAGGAUAAAGGCCCGCAGCAGGCUGACAGAGCUGCGCGGAGUCCCUAGGGGCCAGUAUGACGGGCCGGUGUGUGAGGUCACUGUGACUCCCAAGGUGAUGUCCACAGUAUCCUCAGUGAAGACCUCCCCUGCCAAGCAGCAGCAGCAACAGCAGCAUGCUCCCCAGCCUGUGCGCAAUCUUCACCAGUCCGGCUUCAGCCUGUCUGGUGCUCAAAUUGACGAUAAUGUCCCCCGCCGUACCACCCAGCGCAUCGUGGCUCCCCCCGGUGGCAGAGCCAACAUCACCAGCCUCGGCUGAGCUCUCCUGCCCGCUGAGCCGGGGUGCCGGGCAGCAUGGGACCAGAGGCCCUUCUCAACACUGUCACAUCAAAUCUGGUUCCAAGCAACAGCCCCUGGCCCCCCCCCCCCCCCACCUGCACCCCACCCCACCCAAAAAAAAAAAACACUGUCCAUUCUCAUGCACACAUUGCUGCGUCACCUCAUGCAAAAAGAGCACUAUUCCAUGUUGUUUUGUUUCUUCCUUCCUGCCAUAUUCCAUUUCCAUUUUCAAGGAAGAGUCAAGUGAAUUGAGACAGCUGUUUUGCUGUUUUUUUAAAUACAUUUCUUGUCAUUGACUGUUGAUGAAAUUUGAGUUGUUUACAUUUGUUUACAUUUUUAUAUGAUUUCGCUAUACAUGUUUGUGGUAUAUAGUUGCCUUCUUGGUCAGAAAGCUAACAGUCAUCAGAUUAAGAAGUGAUAGAUUUUAUGAGCAGACGUGUCACUGCACAUGUUGACUUUUUUUCCCGCUCAUUUCCUGGACAUUAGAUAGAAUGUGUUGGUGGCUGGUGUUACGCUGCCACUUACAACUGAAAGUUGUAAGUCUGCUUGUUGUUUUUAUCUUUUUAGCUGUAGUAUAAUGUUGCUGGAAUAUUUACAGAACUGUAUCUUCAAGUCAGUUUGCAGUAUAAGACUUUUUUUUUUUUUUUUUUUUAGGUCUUACAGUAUAUGGUCAGUCUUGCCGUUGUACAUUCAACUUAAUUCACUUCGGUCUUCCUUUUGUCGCUAUACUGUGGUUGCACUUUCUCCUUUUUUUUUUUAAUCUUUAUGAUUUUAUUUUAUGUGUUUGUCAUUUAAAAUAAUAUGUUGAGCCACAGUGAAAUGUUGGUUUUGCGAUAUUCGGGUUGGAAUGCACUGACUGCACUGAAAAGAACUUAAAACGGUAUUGUAGGGUUAAAUCACUCAUUCAGCUCCAUCCUGAACAUGGGGACCAUCCGCUUAAAAAAAGAAAAAAAUAGCACAUAAGGGUUUGUCUUGGAAAUACAUGAACCUUUUGCCUCAUUUCAUCCUUUUCCUCCUAGUUUGUUAGAGGGUUGUCAAGGCAACAGGCUUCCAAUAAUCAGACUGCUGUUUAAAGUUGAUGAUACUGACAGUAUGGAGCUAGAUAGGAAUUUGCCGACAGCCUCUCUGCACCUGGUGCUAUACGACCGUUGCUGUGCAUGUGCAGAUGGCGUUACGUUGUCUCCCAUCUUCACAUCAACGCAGCAAUUAUAAGGGUUUGUAAUAAAAGCGGCCGGGGCAGGGUUACUAUUUCUCCCAAGGUUGACAGAAUCGGGUUUUGUUUUGCACCUGUAAUGAUCCAAAAUGGUGAAUAUGUAUGUGAGCUUUUCUUUGUAUUGGAAUAUGUCUGUAUUAAUAUGUUUAGGGUAUUUGUUAAACUUAACUACUUGCCUGCCUAUUCUGUAAGAUAUUGAUAGCACACUGUCAAGAAUCAUGCAUUUAUGAAGGUUCUUAAAAGAAUUGUAACCAUGAGCUUUGAGACCUGAUGAAAAGUGCUUCUGUGUGUAUAAUGACAUCCAUCACAGUGUGCUGAUGAUGUGUCCAUUGUUCUCAGUCUUAUGGUUCUUAGACUAGCACCUCCUCCAAGUCCUGUUAGUGUCGUGAAUGAAUUUCAGAAAUCCAAUUCGCCCCCUCUCCCUUACCCCUUUUACUUUCCCUGCAUUGUUGACACAAAACUCACCCGAGGUAGUAACGAUGUGCACCAAGUCACAACUGGUUGUUAGUUAUGCAGCACUGUGUUGAGUGCCCUGUAUAACCGCUCAUCUGCAUACUGUGAAACAAUUCUUUCUUUCUUCAUUGCCUUGUCAAGUGUAGGUUUUGUAUGCCAAGCUAGUAUGUGAAGUGAACUGCAAUUGGGGAAGUUUCUUGGUAACGGUUUUUGAGUUUUGAUGUUGAGCACUGUUGUUAACCCCUCUCCCAGCUAGUGUUAAACUCUUGGUCAUGUAUGUUUUGUAGGCUACCAGGAUUUUGGGGAAAUCAUCGGUCCUGACAGCAUUCAACCCUAUCUGUGUUGACUUCAAUGGAUUAAAACACUAAAAAUGAAACAAG